AUGGCGAGACGAUAUCUCGGCCUAAGAGGCAAUGCCCUCCUUCGUGCCGCUGUGAUGCUGGUCGUCUGUCCGACGUUCACUUGCUAUGGUUACAACAUGAGUGUGGCCGGUGGCCUGUUGACACUCGAGUCUUUUAAUACCCAAUUCCCGAGAAUGCAGACAAUCAACGUACCCGACGAUGUCAAGGCAGGCAACUCUCUCAUCCAAGGUACCGUCAUCGCUUUAUAUACUGUCGGAGGUAUCUUCGGCGCUCUAUCAUGUGUCUACCUGGGUGAUCUAUGGGGCCGUCGCAAGGUUAUCUUCGUCACGAACUUCGUAACUAUCAUCGGCGCAAUCCUCAUGGCAUCCUCGUUCCAAUUCGCCCAAUUCAUCGUCGCGAGACUGGUUCUCGGUUUAGGUAUUGGUGGGUACGUCGCCACGGUGCCAGUCUGGCAAUCUGAGAUCUCGCCAGCUCAUAAGCGAGGCUCGAACGUUGUCACGGAUGGUAUCUUUGUUGGUCUUGGUGUGACCAUCGCCUUAUGGAUCGACCUCGGCUUCUAUUUCGUCAAAGACAACUCCGUCUCUUGGCGUUUCCCUCUUGUCUUCCAGGUCGUCAUGUCCCUCACCGCUAUGGUCUUCAUCACCAUGCUUCCCGAAUCGCCUCGCUGGCUGAUCAAGACCGGCCAAGUCGAAAAGGGUCGUGAAGUUCUCGCCGCCCUCCUUGACGAUGACGAACACUCUGCCGCCGUCAACGAAAGCGUCACCAACAUUGAAGCCUCCCUCCAAUUCUGCGGCUCUGGCAAAUGGACCGACAUGUUUAAGAAUGGCCCCAAUCGAAUCUUCCACCGCGCAUACCUCGCCGCCACCGGUCAAAUGUUCCAGCAAAUGUGUGGAGUCAACCUGAUCACCUACUACGCCACCACGAUCUUCGAACAAUAUCUCAACAUGACUGCCGUCCAGUCCCGAAUCCUCGCAGCUGCUAUGGGUCUCAUGCAGCCAUUUGGUGGCUACUUAGCAUACUACACAAUCGACCGAUUGGGCCGCCGUCCACUCAUGCUCUGGAGCGCAGCUGCCAUGGCAGUCUGUAUGGCCGGCCUGGCUGGAACAACGGAUCCGAUUGCUGCGGAUAACGAAGGCGCACUUGCCAUGGCAGUGGUAUUCCUCUACUGCUUCCAGUUUAUCUUCACAGUCGGCUACUCCGGUCUCACAUUCCUGUACGCCGCAGAGAUGGCGCCUCUUCAGGUCCGCGCAGCUGUCAGCGCUGUCUCCACCGCCACCGUGUGGGCAUUCAACUUCCUGCUCGCAGAGAUCACACCAAUUGGAUUCGACAGCAUUGGAAGUCGGUAUUAUAUUAUCUUCGCUGUGAUCAAUGCCGCCAUCGUACCCAGUGUAUACUUCUUCUUCCCCGAGACGAAGGGACGCUCGCUGGAGGAGAUUGAUGAAAUUUUCGCGCAGUCUAAGAAUAUCUUUGAUCCCCCGAGAGUGGCGCGUGCUAUGCAGAGUCGGGUAGUGCACAUUGGUGAGACGAACUCUGAUGCUGAGAAUACGGGGUCUAAUGAUGAUGUUAUCAAGGAGGAGGUCAAGGCUUGA